UCAGACGACAGCGACAUCGAGGAGAGACCGCCCUCAAGCUCUGUUUCCCAUGAAAAAGCGCACGCCCCCAAAGCGCGGAGGACGCGGCUCUGCAGGAAGCUCAAAGGCCGGCAGUCGCCCCGGGACCCCGUCCAUAGACUCUGCCGCCACCUCCAACACACUCCGAGCUGCUGCCAGCAAGCUGGAGCAAGGUAAGAGACCGCCUCCGGGGCCCAGCACGGACUCACCUGCUGCCAAGAGGCUGAAGAUGGAGCCCAGCAGUCAGAGCCCCGCCCCCUCUGGGAAGAGUACGCCUCAACCCCCGCCUGGGAAAUCUACUCCUAGCUCAAGUGACGUGCAGCUAACAGAGGAGGCGGUGCGGCGCUACCUGAUCCGUAAACCGAUGACCACCAAAGACCUGCUGAAGAAGUUCCAGACCAAGCGCACGGGUUUGAGCAGCGAGCAGACGGUCAACGUGCUGGCUCAGAUCCUGAAGCGCCUCAAUCCCGAGCGCAAGAACGUGAACGAGAAAAUGCAUUUCUACCUAACCGAAUAAGCGAUGGAAGAAAGGUAUUAAGUGGCAGGGGGGUGGAAAAGGGGUGGGGGGUGGGGGAAAUGAACCUCUUCAGUCAGAAAAGUACGAUCUGUGGAAGAGAGGCUUUGUGUCUGUGUCUUGAUUUUGUUUUUCUUGCACUGAAAUCUAACAGUAAAUAAUGGAAACCGUGUUAUUGUUGACUGAAAACAACUACAUUUCUAUAGUUUCUCUGUGGUGAGCCUAGAGCCCACUGGAUUAAAGAAAAAGUCUUUAACUUGUUUUUCGUAGGUAGAAUUUUCCCAAUAAAAUUUGAAAAAUCA